GCUGUGGACAGGAUGCCUUCUCUCCCUCCCUCCCUCCCUCCGUCCGUCCGUGCACUCCACGCUGAAAGAGCCAGUGCAGAGUGACCUUCAACCACACCCACAGGGAACCAAAGGAAAAGGGAGAGAGUGCGGAAGGAGCGAGAGAGAGGAGAGGUAGAGUGAAUGGAACUGGAGGGCAUAAGGAAAGAGAACAGGAGAGUAGAAGGAUCGAGGAAAAAAAACAAAUUCAACCCAGGGAAUGGAAAAUCUCUGGAAGCCAGUGGAGCGCGUAGCUGAUUGUGACAAGAAAUAUAUGACUCUCCUUCCCCUUUCCCUUUCCCACUUGUCUGAUUAAAGCUCUCACUCAGAGAUGACCCGCACACACAGAGAGAAUAAAGGCAGAGGGGAAAAUAAGAGCCUUCGAAUUUAGAUGUGCUGCUGAGAAGGUGGAGAUUGAUAUGCCUAUGCACUUAACGGAACAGGACAUAAUGACAAGGUGAUGCAAACAUACGCUCCUUAACCAUCAAAACAAAUCUCUCAAACACUUAAACUCAAAAUUCGUCCAUUUGGAAACCCUUAGGCUAUACGGCAGCCGACUGGGACCGUUUUCAAUUUACAGUUCAACAAAAGACAGGAUGGUUUUGAAAUGUGUCCACAGGCAUCUCUUGCUCUACUUGCUUCCAUAUAUUUGAGUGACAUUUCAGUGAGGGUGCAUUCUGUAUAUCUGAUAUUUCACUGGCAGGGCAAUCAAAGCCAUAACCUACUUCUAUGUAAUACAAAGCAAUUAUGCUAGUUAUAAUUUCAGCAAAGUGGCAUCAUGAUGAUUACCAUAACCGAUGGACAUAACUGUGGGCUCCUAAAUAUUCAUGCAUUCCAGUCUGGAUCUUCAAGUUAUACAGCUGAGCUGAUGGUAAAAAGGAGGAGGUGGCAGAGGAGAGCUGAGCAGGGAGAGUGAGCAGGGAAGUGGGGGAGCCGAGAGCACGUAACCUGCCUACAAAUGAACACCGCAAUCAAACUCUAGUGGCUCAGUGAGUUUAUUCAUGCCUCUCGUGUCCUCAAGGUUUGCUUUACAGUCUAUACUUCUUCUGUGGAUAUUUUUGUGUCGUCUAUUCCUGAUAAUGAUUCCGCGUCAAGCAGUAGUCCACUUCUGAGCGACUUCGACAGCUCAGAGCACAGCCAACAAGCCCGCACGGCUCCUUCGUGACUCACUGGAUCUUCGGCUGCCAGACCCGAGGUGUCAAAUCCAAGACGGACAUACCAAGAGAAUGAGAAUUCUGCACCCGUGGUGACCAUGGAAUAAUUCUGCAAAAUGACAAGCUUAUUUGACCGACUCAGAAGAAAGAAAAGGGGCUUGACUGUUUAAAUCUGAACUUGCUUAAUUUGGACAAACUCGAAGAUGGACAAUUACUUUUCCCCUAUUUUAUCAGGAUAAGAUCAUCAUAGCAGAGCGGAAGCCUAUUCAAAUAUUUUCGGACAGACAGACACGCAGUAAUAUAUAACAGACACAAAGCAACCGAUGUAAGGAACAAUUGUGGAAUCACAGUUUGGACCUUCACGUUCAUCCAGGGACCAUUCGAUUUCUACUAAUAGGCGACGUGGAUCUCAAUCAAGCCAGGUGGAGCGGCAAACCAAGAACGCAUGCUUUGGGCAUGGUGCCUACGCCCCAGGUGUGCGUAUCAACCCUGGUCACGGUGAGCACCAUGGCAGUGGUCGACCUCUACCUGCUGGAGCAGAGCAUGCUGGGAGCCCGCGGCAAGGCCGGGCCCGGCGUGUGGCCGUGCGCCGCCGUGUUGCUAGGUGACCUGGGCUUCCUGCUGGUUCUACGCAUCGUGUCGGCGGGCGUGGUGUCGGAGGCGCCCUCCCCCCGCCGCGGCUUCGCCAACACCCUCUGGUUCCUCUUCCUGUCCCUGCUCCAGCUCAAACUCUUCUUCGUCUGCCAGAACUACCGGACGGAACGUCGGCCACCCGACCCCCUGGCCAGGAAGACACUCACCCUGCUGCUGUCUAUCUGCCUUCCCUCCCUGUUCCUCAUCCUUACUGGGGCUGACAACAUGACGCCCCUGCGGAGGAAGCAGGAGGUGCGGGGGAGGCUGCUCUGGGUGGUGGUGGACCUGCUGGAUGUUCUGGACCUGCAGGCCGGGCUGUGGGAAGCCCACACAGGGGCCACUGACCUAAGGGUGCCCCUGUGGGCCGAAGGCCUGGUGUUCUUCUACUGCUACGCCCUGCUGCUGCUACUGCCCUGCGUGGCCCUCACAGAGCUGGGGGCCGCCGCCCUGCCGGGACAGAGGGGGCCCCGUAAGGAGGCCCUAUACCCCUGGCUCAGCCUGGUCACCAUCAACGUGUUCACACUGGCCCUCAGGGGAACGGGCAUGCUGUGGUACAGGGACCCCCGGGUCUCUACAGUGUUCCUGGGGAAGAACCUACUGGCCCUGGCUGUGAAGCUGAGCUCAGCCUGGGAGAGGCACAAGCAGGGUGGGGACAGGGGGAUGGGGGCUGGGGACGGAGCAGAGGCGGGGGGGGAAUCCACCCUGGCAACGCAGAGCUCAGAGCAGACAGAGGUCCAAGCCACAGGUAAAAGCACCCCUUGGCCACCCUCUCACUACCACACACCGUCUCGCUCCCACAGCUACUCCCUGUCCCACGUCAGUCUGGAUCACACGGAGACCUCCCUGGGCCCCUCCAUCUCCCAAGAACUCUAG